CUUGAAGGCGUCAUUGUUCCACCCUGCUUGGCUGAUUCAAAAGCUAAUUCUACAGCGACAUACCGACACUCACACACACACACACAAACAAAUGCACACACACGCUCGUAUAUUACAAACACCCGUUGUUAUUAACUUCCAGUAUAAUUUAGAUAAAGUGACAACCAAUGAAAAUUGUAAACUUCCUCAGGAGUGUAGGGUGGAUUUGUGACAGCUAACAUCAGAGCCGUUAGCGGGCUGAGCUAACAGGAAGAGUCCAAAGUCUGGCUCCGGAUUGCUGGACUGGACUGAUCCAGCUAUGUGAGCUGCUCUGAUGUGUGGACUCUUGAGUCAGUACUGUGCCGGGUUAAGACAGCUUUUAAGCUGGUCUGGAGAACCACACUACUGUGAAACAAUAACUUAACAGAUCUGCAGCUCAUCGGGUUUAUGCGGAUUUGGGUUGAGGCGUAACUUCCUAGAGCGGUGUCCACCAUGCCACUGGGACUGGGAAGAAGGAAGAAGGCAUCCCCGUUAGUGGAGAACGAGGAAGCAGAGCCCAUUCGUUCAGGUCUCAAUGUGGCAGGUAUGGAAGGCCUGGAUGGAGGAGUGGUUGGCCUGGGAGAAGCUGCUGCCUCUGAAGGGCUUCCACCUCCUCCCAACAGCAUGAGACCUCGACUCAUCUUCCACACCCAGCUCGCUCAUGGGAGUCCCACUGGCCGCAUUGAGGGCUUCAGUAAUGUGCGAGAGCUUUACGCCAAGAUCGGGGAGGCUUUUGGGAUUCCACCAUCUGAGGUUAUGUUUUGCACACUAAACACUCACAAGGUGGACAUGGAUAAGCUGUUGGGAGGUCAAAUAGGGCUGGAGGACUUCAUUUUUGCCCACAUUAAAGGCCAGAAGAAGGAAAUAGAAGUGUACAAAGGAGAAGAUGCUCUGGGGCUGACGAUCACUGAUAAUGGAGCUGGCUAUGCUUUUAUCAAGAGAAUCCGUGAGGGGAGCGUCAUUCACCAAAUCCAGGUCAUUAAUGUGGGUGACAUGAUCGAGUCCAUCAACGGCCAUCGGCUCAUUGGCUGUCGACACUAUGAAGUCGCCAAAAUGCUGAAGGAGCUUCCUAAAGGGAAAAUGUUCACCAUCAAGCUGGUGGAGCCUCUCAAAGCCUUUGACAUGAUCAGUCAGAGAGCUGGAGGUUCCAGGUCGGCAUCCGGGGUUCAGCUGGGGACCGGCAGAGGGACCCUUCGCCUGCGCUCUAAAGGUCCCGCCACGGUGGAGGAACUGCCUUCUGCAUUUGAGGAAAAAGCCAUCGAGAAGGUGGAUGAUCUGCUGGAGAGCUACAUGGGCAUCAGAGACAGUGAGCUGGCGGCCACCAUGGUGGAGCUGGGAAAAGACAAGAAGAACCCAGAUGAGUUUGCUGAAGCUUUAGAUGAGACUUUGGGGGAUUUUGCCUUCCCAGACGAGUUUGUCUUUGACGUCUGGGGCGCCAUCGGAGAUGCUAAGGUUGGACGGGUGUGACCACGGAGACUAAUGGAGCAGAGCGAUCCUUUAUGGACUUUACACUCACAACAUUCAACACUAGAAAACACAACACUACCAUCAGGAGUUGGUUUUACUCCAUUUUACACUCCUCGUCCUUAUUUUUGCAUUUCUUCGCUUUGGGAAGACAAAGCUGCUGAUCCGGGUUUUCAAAAAGGAAUGUGACUGCAAUGACUUCCCAAGUUCUUUUAUUUGUCUUCCAACUUUUCUUUUUCCUUUCCAGAAAACCUGGAACACUGAGAAUUUUGAUGUAAUCAACAAACCUGCAUGUUUUUGCUGGCAGCAAACCAAUGGCACACAUUUACUCAAAUGCAAGAAAGCAGAAGUAGAAUAAAUGUGUUGCACCGUUGUGUAAAUCAAUGACAUAGGUGAAUAAAACUGCACUACAAGCCCCCCCUCGGGCGCUGCACUAUCCCGAAGCAGCUGUUACUGUUGUGGCUCAGUUCAACAUGCAUGUGUGGUUAGUUUUAUUUUUAAUUAUCUUCAAAAUGACAUUUGCAGUUUACUUUUGGAGGAUUUGGCCGAGGAGGGGCCGUCGUGGAGCGCAGCUCAGUGAUCGUUCUCUGUUGACUCACCUGUUGCUGUAAUGACGCUAACGGAGCAGACAGCAGCACCUUCCGGACUUUUGUUGGGUUCUUUUUCUUUGUUUUUGCAGUGUUUAAAAAAUCAGUGUUAACUUGGUGUUCCUGAAGGUCAGCAGGUUGUGAACUGUGGGUUUAUUUUUAUUUGUUACAUAAUGUGAUGUGACGUCUAUUUUUAAACAAAAUGUGCGCAACCUUACUACAGAGAGCAGUAUUACUGGAGUUCGUUGGUGUCGUCAUGGAAACUAAAAGGAUAAACGUUUUCCUUUCCUCUUUAUUUGUGUUAAAUGGAUAGUUCAUCUUAAGUGACAUUUGGUCAGUUGCAAUAUUCUCCAGAGUUGCGUAAGUGUGGAAAAGCCCAGUCAUUCUCCUGAUCUGGCAGUAUUCAGUUAGCUUUAGCUUAGCAUAAACUAUGUAAGUGAAUGGUAACAGCUAGCAUUUAGUGUGAAAAAGUCAUGAAAAUUACUCGGGAAUAAUCCUAAUUUUUCUUGGUGACCUCAAUAAUCCCAUUGAUUGCAAAUAAAAGUAAUAAGUAACACGAAAGAGUUACAGGAGCUGGUUUAGACUUGGGACUAUGUUACGACAAAGCACAGCUGUAAGCCGCCACUGCAAGGCUCAAGGACAUGACUCAUCGGCCCCAAAACUCAGCCUUUACUGAUUUACAACAUUUCACCAUAAAAACAGUAAACAGAGUUUUGGGGCCGAUGCGUCAUGUCCUUGAGCCUUGCAGCGGCGGCUUACAGCUGUGCUUUGUCGUAACAUAGUCCCAAGUCUAAACCAGCUCCUGUAAUUCCUUCGUGUUACUUAUUACUUUUAUUUGCAAUCAAUGUGAUUAUUGAGGUCACCAAGAAAAAUUAGGAUUAUUCCCGAGUAAUUUUCAUGACUUUUUCACGCUAAAUGCUAGCUGUUACCAUUUACUUACAUUAUUUAUGCUUAGCUAGGCUAAAGCUAAUGUAACACUGCUAGAUUAGGACAACGACUGGGUUGGUUGCAAAAUGCUUUUUCUCACUUAUCUGUUUCUGGGGGACGUGACAAAAGACCAAAUUUCACUUAGGGCUAGAAAAUCCCUCUUCUAUCCUAAAUUCUGCUUUUGUUUGAUGUUGAGACAAACGAGAUGAUUUUCAUCAUACAUUUAGUUUUGAUCAUGAAAUGCAAAAACAAAUGUUAUUGUUGCGCCAUCUUCUGAGUUUAGGUAAACAUGUUUAAAAACCCGUUGGUGUUAAACUUAUCAGGACAUGUCUGAAGCAGUUUAGUUUAAUUCCUUUGAGUUAUUGAAAAUCUUAAUUGGUGAUGUAAUUAACUGAUGCUCAAACACUGUAACACCUAAAGAAGAAUACGAUUAUUUUGAUGGCUUUGUAUUACACUGAUGUAGAUGUUUAAAUAUGAUGAAGUGAUGACCUCCACAGAGCAUUGGUCCUUCUGUUUGUUUAAAUCAGAUUUUCUGAAACUUUGCUGUUUCUGAUGUUUGUGUAAUUCUACCAGAAACCGGACCGGUCACAGAAAGCAUCUCCUGAGGUGUUGGUUUGUUUUCUCACUCUUGUGUCCUGAAAUAUAGAUGGCAUUUAACUAGACAGUGAAAUCACGGCCAGCAGCCUCUCAGGUGCUGUAAUCAGAUCUGUUAACCUGAUAUCGCUGGUCGAACUCACCGGGGUCAUUUACAGGCCUUGAUCAGAAAACUGAAGGAACAAUAACUCAAAUAAAACUUAAUUCUAUCUGUGCA